AUGAGAGCAACCAGGGACAGGGGGUACAACUUCUGCGGCAGAGAUCAGAGAUUGAUGCUUGAUGUGCUGAAAUUGGUUUCUUAUGCCAAUUUGCAUAAUGAAGAAGAGGAGAGAUAUAAACAGCAAAAUCUUGGCCUGUUUAGCCGUUCGUAG